UCGCUGUCGCUGUCGCUGUCCCCUCCCUGCGGCCAUGGGGGCUCCGGCGCUGCCGCCCCCCACCCUCCUCCUCCUCCUCCUCGGCCUCGCGGCGCUGCUCGGGACCCCCGCCCGCGCCCAGCUGGUGACGAUGGUGACCCCGGCCGUGCUGCGGCUGGACACGGACGAGCGGGUGGUGCUGGAGGCGCCCGGGCUGAGCGCGGCCACCGAGGCCUCGCUGCUGGUCCAGGACUUCCCCCAGAAGCGGCAGGUGCUGUUCCAGAGCCGGCUGGCCCUGAGCCCGGCCGAGGGCAUGAUGGCCACGGCCACCAUCAAGGUGUCGGCCAAGCUCCUGCCGCCGGCUCAGAAGAAGCAGUUUGUGACGGUGACAGCGCGGGUGGCCGCGGUGACACUGGAGAAGGUGCUGCUGGUGUCCCUGCAGAGCGGCCACAUCUUCCUGCAGACCGACAAACCCAUCUACACCCCCGGGGCCACCGUGCUCUGCCGCCUCUUCACCGUGGGCCACCUCAUGCAGCCGGUGGCCAAGACGGUCAUCGUGGAGGUCAAGACCCCCGACAACGUCAUCAUCAAACAAGUGCCGGUGUCGUCGCCGAUGAAAACCGGGAUCCUGUCCCUCAACCACAACCUGCCCGAGGUCGUCAGCCUCGGCAUGUGGACGAUCUCGGCCAAAUUCGAGGAUUCUCCGGAUCAGGUUUUCAGCACCCAGUUCGAGGUCAAGGAGUACGUGCUGCCGAGCUUUGAGGUGGCCCUGGAGACCGAGGAGAAGUUCCUGUACAUCGACCGCCAGGAGGAUUUCCGGGUGUCCAUCCUGGCCAGGUACCUGUACGGGAAGCGCCUGGAGGGGACGGCCUUUGUCCUCUUCGGGGUCAUGGUGGACGACGAGAAGAAGAGCAUCCCCCAGUCCCUGCAGCGCGUCCCGGUGCAGGACGGUGACGCCGAAGCCGUGCUGUCCAUGGCUCACCUGCGCGAGCGCUUCCCCAACCCCCAGGAGCUCGUGGGACACUCCCUCUAUGUCACUGUCACCGUCAUCACCGAGUCAGGCAGUGACAUGGUGGAGGCGCAGCACGGUGGCAUCCAGAUCGUGACGUCCCCCUACAGCAUCCACUUCACCCGCACCCCCAAGUACUUCAAGCCGGGGAUGCCCUUUGACCUCACGGUUUACGUCACCAACCCCGACCAGUCCCCGGCCCCGCGUGUCACCGUCCAGGCCGAUGGCUUCCAGGGCCAGGUGUCCACCCAGCGCGACGGCACGGCCAGGCUGGUCCUCAACAUGCCGGCCAACAAGGACAGCGUCCCCAUCACCGUGCGCACGGCCCAGGCGGGGCUGCCCCCGCAGCGCCAGGCCUCGCGGCAGAUGACGGCCAUGGCCUACCGCAGCCAGGCCGGCUCCGGAAACUUCCUGCACCUGGCGGUGGCCGGCACCGAGCUGCAGCCCGGUGACAACCUGGCCGUCAACUUCCACCUCAAGACCAACAACAACAACGUCCGCAACUCCGUCCCCUUCUUCACCUUCCUGGUCAUGAGCAAGGGCCGCAUCCUCCGAGCCGGCCGGCAGCGGCACGAGGCCGGCCAGAGCCUGGUGACCAUGACGCUGCCGGUGACGCCCGAGCUCAUCCCGUCCUUCCGCGUGGUGGCCUACUACCACGUGCUGCCCGGAGAGAUCGUGGCCGACUCCGUCUGGGUGGACGUCAAGGACACCUGCAUGGGCACCCUGGUGGUGAAGGGGGCGACGGAAGGUGACAACCGCGUCCACGAGCCGGGGACACCGAUGAGGCUGCGCAUCGAGGGCGACCACAAGGCCCACGUGGGGCUGGUGGCCGUGGACAAGGGCGUCUUCGUCCUCAGCAAGAAGAACAAGCUCACCCAGACCAGGGUGUGGGACACGGUGGAGCAAAGUGACAUCGGCUGCACGCCGGGCAGUGGCAGGGACAACGUCGGGGUCUUCACGGACGCUGGCCUGAGCCUGACCACCAACGUCCAGCUGAGCACCCCGCAGCGGUCAGAUGUCCAGUGUCCCCAGCCGGCCAAACGCAAGCGCCGCUCGCUGGCACUCGCCGAGUACAAGGGCACCAAGGCGGCCGAGUACUCGGGGAAGCUGGAGCGGAAGUGCUGCGAGGACGGGAUGAAGGAGAACCCGAUGGGGCACGGCUGCGAGCGCAGGAGCCAGUACAUCCAGGAGGGCGAGUCCUGCGUCCGCGCCUUCCUCGACUGCUGCACCUUCAUCAAGGCCAAGCGGGACCAGCAGAACGUGGCCCUCGGCACCGGGCUGGCCAGAAGGCUUGGAGCCCUGAAGCCACGUUCGAGAGGGCCGAUGCCACCACCCCCAGGCCAGGAGGAGGACGAUCUCUUCUCGCCGGACUCGGACAUCAUCUCGCGGACCCUCUUCCCCGAGAGCUGGCUGUGGCAGGUGGAGCAGCUGACGGAGCCACCCAACGGUCUGGGGGUCUCGGCCAAGACGCUGCCCGUGUACCUGAAGGACUCCAUCACCACCUGGGAGGUUCUGGCCGUCAGCCUCUCCCCCUCCAAAGGGCUGUGCGUGGCCGACCCCUACGAGAUCACGGUGAUGAAGGACUUCUUCAUCGACCUCCGCCUGCCCUACUCGGUGGUGAGGAACGAGCAGGUGGAGAUCCGCGCCAUCCUCUACAACUACUGGCUGCACGACAUCACGGUGCGCGUGGAGCUGCUCCACAACCCCGACCUGUGCAGCCCCUCCACGGCCAAGCAGCGCUACCAGCAGGUGCUGCGCAUGAAGGCCGAGUCCUCGCGCUCCGUGUCCUUCGUCAUCGUCCCCCUCAAGCUCGGCCUGCUGGACGUCGAGGUCAAGGCGGCCGUCCGCAACCAGUACGUGGGCGACGGGGUCAAGAAGAAGCUCAGGGUCGUGCCCGAGGGGAUGCGGCUGGAGAAGACGGUGAAGAUCGUGGAGCUGGACCCGCAGAACAAGGGAGUCAACGGGGUGCAGGAGGAGCGGGUGAAGGCCGCGGAUCUCUCGGACAUCGUCCCCGACACGGAGGCAGAGACCAAAGUCAGCAUCCAGGGCAACCCCGUGUCCAUCAUCGUGGAGAAGGCCAUCGAUGGGGACAAGCUGAAGCACCUGAUCGUGACCCCGUCGGGCUGCGGGGAGCAGAACAUGAUCGCCCUGACCCCCACGGUCAUCGCCGUCCACUACCUGGACAACACCCAGCAGUGGGAGAACUUCGGCAUCGACCGCCGGGCGGGGGCCAUCGAGCUGAUCAAGAAAGGUUACACCCAGCAGUUGGCUUUCCGCAAGCCCGACAGCUCCUACGCCGCCUUCAUCAACCGCCCCUCCAGCACCUGGCUGACCGCCUACGUGGUCAAGGUGUUCGCCAUGGCCAGGAGGCUGACGGACAUCGAGCACGAUGAGAUCUGCGGCCCCGUCAAGUGGCUCAUCCUCAACAAGCAGAAACCGGACGGGGUCUUCCAGGAGGACGCGCCCGUCAUCCACAAGGAGAUGGUGGGAGGUUACCAAGGCGCCGAGCCCGAGGUGUCCCUCACCGCCUUCGUCCUCAUCGCCCUCAAGGAGGCACAGGACACCUGCAAGGACCACGUCAACAACUUGGACGACAGCAUCAACAAAGCUGCCAACUUCCUGGCCCGGCGCUACGAGCAGCUGGCCCGGCCUUACACGGUGGCCCUGGCGUCCUACGCGCUGGCCCUGGCCGGGAAGCUCAAGAGCGAGAAGGUCCUCAUGAAGUUCUCCAAAGGUGGGGCCAGCUGGGAGGAGCGCAACGCGCGCACCUACAACAUCGAGGGCACGUCCUACGCGCUGCUGGCCCUGGUGGAGAUGAGGAAGUCGGAGCUGGCGGGGCCGGUGGUCCGGUGGCUCGCCCAGCAGAACUACUACGGAGGGGGCUACGGCUCCACCCAGGCCACCAUCCUGGUGUUCCAAGCGCUGGCCCAGUACCAGGUGGCCACGGAGGCCCAGCAGCAGCUGGAGAUGGACGUGUCGGUGCUGCUGCCGCGCCGCGCCAACCCCGUCAAGUACCGCAUCGAGAACCGCAACGCGCUGGUGGCACGCUCCACCGAGACCAAGCUGAACGAGGAGUUCACGGUGAAGGCCGAGGGCGUGGGCAAGGGGACGAUGACAGUGGUGACCGUGUACCACGCCAAGGUCCCCGAGAAGGACAACAAAUGUGACAGCUUCGACCUGAGCGUGGACGUGGAGGACGUGGACACGGGCAAGGAAGAGGAGGAGAUCAUCAGGUCUGUCAAGAUCACCAUCUGCACCAGGUACCUGGACACCGUGGAUGCCACCAUGUCCAUCCUGGACGUGUCCAUGCUCACGGGCUUCUCGCCGGACGUCCAGGACCUGAGGAGGCUGUCCGAGGGCGUGGACAGGUACAUCUCCAAGUUCGAGCUGGACCAGGACAAAGAGCGGAGCAACGUCGUCAUUUACCUGGACAAGGUGUCCCACAAGGCCCAGGAGUGUUUCGCCUUCAAGGCCCACCAGAGGUUCCAGGUGGGGCUGAUCCAGCCCGCGGCCGUCAGCGUCUACAGCUACUACAGGAUCGACGAUCGCUGCACCCGGUUCUACCACCCGGACAAGGAGGGAGGGAAACUGAGCAAGAUCUGCCAGGGGGAAGUUUGUCGCUGUGCCGAAGACAGCUGCUUCAAGCGCCACGAGGAGCCCGAGGCCAUCACCGUCAACCAACGCAUCGAGCGCGCCUGCGAGCCCGGGGUGGACUUCGUGUACAAGGUGAAGCUGCUGGCCCGCAAGGAGACCCCGUCCCACGACAAUUACGUCAUGAAGGUCCUGUCGGUCAUCAAGAUGGGCACGGACGAGGACCCCAGCGGGAGCAACAGGACCUUCGUGAGCCACCAGCAGUGCAGGGACACCCUGAGGCUGCUCGAGGGACACGACUACCUGGUCUGGGGACAGGCCAGCGACCUCUGGGUCACCGGCAGACACUUCUCGUACCUGAUCGGGAAGGACACCUGGCUGGAGGAGUGGCCGUCGGAGGCCUCGUGCCAGGACCCGGCGCUGCAGGGACAGUGCCAGGACUUCACCGAGUUCGCCGAGGCCAUGGUGCUCUUCGGCUGUCCCAGCUGAGUCCCCAGCGCCACUGGGUGUCACCAACCCCGGGGUGUCACCCGCCCUGGUGUCACCUGUCCUGGUGUCACCUGUCCUGGUGUCACCCACCCUGGUGUCA